AUGAGAAGUCUCAUUCUCGUUCCAAUUGCGCCUCUGGCUUUGAGUGUUUCAGCAGAUCACCGGGACAAUCAUGAUGAUGAUGAUGAUGAUGAUGAUGAUGAUGAUGAU